GUCGACUAACACGCCCUCUGUUGGAACAACUCUCCACCAGCAGUCAUAUGAUCGAUCUCGGGACGUCCAGUUCAGGUGUUGAAAAUGGCCAGCCAAACUCAAGGAAUUCAGCAGCUUUUGGCAGCCGAAAAACGGGCUGCUGAAAAGGUUUCCGAGGCUAGGAAGCGCAAGGCCCGUCGUUUGAAGCAGGCAAAGGAAGAAGCUCAAGAUGAAAUUGAAAAGUACAGGCAGGAACGAGAAAGGCAGUUCAAGGAGUUUGAAGCCAAGCAUAUGGGCUCCAGGGAGGAUGUUUCUGCUCGCAUUGAAGCUGACACCAAACUGCGGAUCAAUGAGAUGAACAAAGCAGUCACAACUCACAAGGAACAGGUUAUUGAGAAGAUUUUGGAACUAGUGUAUGACAUCAAGCCAGAACUUCACAAGAACUUCCAGAUCCAGCCUGCCAAGUAGAAGCUCUAAAACUUCCAUCAGGGUGAAAAAAAAAAAAAAGUUGAAGUAUGAAUUCAAAAUUGUUUUCAAGUUUCAUGAUCAGGUUGGGAUGGAGAAAUGGCCCAAAAUCAUUCAUUAGUGGGUCAUCACCAACUGUAGGGUAAAUUUUCAUUUCAUGUCAGAUUUGCCUAUUCAUCUCAAUUGUUCUGAAUUUUAAAUGCAUAUUAAAUUGGAGGGUGAUCUGAUAAUGUCGUAUCUGUCCAAUUUCAAGUAAAAAUUGCAUCAUCAAUUCAUUCAUAAAGUAAUACGAGCUUGGAUAUUGAAUUAAACAUUGUAGAUUAGUGAUGCAAAAUGUAUAUUGGCUUGUUAUCAAGAAUUUGUGGUUUCUGUGUUCAAUGGUAGGUUACAGCCCUGAAUUCUUUUAAUCAUCAUGAAAUAAAUGCUGUCUGCAUUUUAACAUAGAGAGAUAGAAAUUUUAAUUUCUUAUUCCUUCCAAAUAUUCCAUGUUAUUCAUAGGUUUUAAGGUGUGUUCUGAAAGUUACCAGGGAUUGUUGAAAAGAAUUUGCUUUUAUGUGGCAUGCAUGCACAUUCCUUACUCUAUCAAUCUGGUAAAUAAAAGAUCAGUGACGCAGCAUACCCCAAGUGUAAACUGUAUAAAAAUGUUAAUUAUAUUUUGGAGAUUUUGUUCUAAUAUGUUGCAGUAUUAAACUUUGCUGGCUUGUU